UUAGAGUAGUAGGAAUGCAGAAAAGUUCUCGUCGGAAUCGUUUUUCUUUUGUGUGUAAUAAUUACUGGCUGAGUCUGUUGAAUCAUUUCGUCCUCAUUUUCAGUUUAUGUGAAAUUAAGUGCAAUAUUCGGUGUUAAAUUACGCGCAUUUCGCAUAUUUUCGGUUGAACUUUGUCUGUACGGUCGGAAAAGUACGCAGACCGAAAUCGGAAAUAAGCUUUCGUGGAGUUUCGGGUCGCUGCCAGGACAAAGUUGAGUGUGUUUUAGCAGUUAUUUAAGAAUUUCGGCUGUGGUUGGUAGAAUUUCCUCCACAACCGUAGGACGAAAUCGGACGGAGGAAGGUGGAGAGUGUUCAUUUUUCUGGUUUUUCGGUGUACACCUGUACAAAUGCAGUGCAAACAAAGAGAGAGCUGCAAGCCGCAAGCGAAGACUGGAUGAGUGAUUACACUGACAGUAACACCCGCAGAACCUCGGUCAUUGCAUCCAAGGACUACCUACCAGCGUCGGAUUUGAUCAAAAAGAGCAUUCGACGCUCCUGGACCAUAUCAAACGCGGAAGAUGAAACUCGCCAAACCGCAGAGGACGCAGACCCACAGCAAUAUACACAUUUACCUCGCAAGCAAUCGCAGAGCAGUUAUCCGUCGCUGGUAAGGUACCCGUACACGAAGCCUGGCACCAUGGCAGAGUAUGCACAGGAGGACGAGUUCGAUAACGAGUUGCACCCUCCGAUGGGACGUCGAAUUCCACGACAAUCAACACUUCCGAAUCCGGAUGCCGGGAUGUAUUACGGUAGCAAUAACAAUCUCAUGCCACCAGUUGUUUCACCGAAGCAGCUCAGCCCCAGUCCCCAGUAUAGUCCCUAUCACACCGACAAUGAGAACGACGAUGCCGAUGUCCCACAGCCGCAGGGCUCACCGAUAGCAGCGCGAUACAAAAUUCGAAGACAAUCAACACUACCUUGUAGGCCAAAUGAAAAUCACGACAUCGGACCCAAACUGUUAUCCACUUCACCAAACAGCCGAACGAACCUGUACUGUCGAUCGCCGGAUAAAUCCGACGGUGAUCCUUCCCCGAGAUAUCCACCGUUUGUACGUCAGUCAACAUUUCCAUCCAACUCCAGUGAUCCAUUUUUCCUGCAAAUUCAGGCUCAUUCACAGCAACAACCGCAACAGCCACCACCACCACCACUACCACCAACAUCUGGCCAACAGCGCCAACUGCCCACCUCACCCAAUCGGAUGUUAUUUAACAAGUCCCCCGACAGUGGUGCCGAAUCGGCUGGCGACGGUGGAAGCUCCGGCAACUCGUCGAUACCCCGCCGUUUUCAGAUGACCAGGCAAGCCACACUACCUAAUCCUGAACAGCACGUGAAAUUGCUUCCUACAUCCCCUCCCAAAAAACAGCUCUCUCCGCACAGUAUCAAACGCUCACCAGAGUUUGCACGUCAAAGCACACUUCCGGCACCAGAUAGUAUGAACUCGCUCUCGGUUCACCAGCACGGACCAAAAUUCAUGCCUAUCUCACCAAGACAAAAGCAAUCUUUUUUAUUUCCACAACCAGCACCAGCACCACGUCCUUUUCUUUCACAACAGCAUUUCCCAACGAUGGCCGAUGAGCCAUCGACGACACCCCAGCAAAACCCAAGCACUCCGAGCGGUGGUGUUGGCGGCACCGUCGGAACUGUUGGUCCACACCAUUCUUCCAAAAUGAUCAAAGUUCGUAGCCAUAGUAAUGAAGAGUAUAGUCUCAAUAGAGGUCCCCAUGCGCCUGUGAUCGGAGCUGGGGUACCGAGUGAAGGACGAAGGUUGCUACCAGAAAUUCCGAGCAUUCGCUCGCCAAGACUGAAAACAUUUGCCGAAGCGAAACAAGCGAUGAUGGACGAAUACGACCUAACGAACGACUCGACUACGCAGCUCAACUUCGAUGAGGACGAGGAAGCGAGCUACUAUAACAACGAGGAAUCUUACGACAACUACAAUGCGGAUCGGAGACUACGCAGCGGUAUGACGCCGGCCAGUACGAUCAAAAGUGCGGAAAGCUUCCUCAACGACUCGAGUCCGGAGUACUUCUACCCGGACGAUUAUCUGAAGCAGGGGAACAACAAGAAGGAAGGUCGCCUACGCCGUCGGAAAUCCAGGGAUCUACCCAACGAGCCGGAAGCGGUUGCGUCUUCCAACGAUGAUGAACCCGUCAGACGCAAGCCCGAAACGAUGCGUUCAAUCUCUGAGGAAUCACCCGGGAAUAAAUCGAUCAAACCAACACCUCGCCGCUCUUUAUCGCAUCCGGAAAAGGACACACAGCAAAUGCAGAGUGCAAGAAAGACGGAAAUAACCAAGAUCCCUUCGCCCCGCCCAUUGGCGGAAAUCCUCGAACGAGCGCAGAAAUCGUUCAAACUUCCAUCGCCCCGACGCAAAGCCUUCAAAUCGCUAGAUCAAGCCUGUGAAUCGGACCUAGUCGGCGGGUUCCACCCGAAGGUGAUGAACCAAUCGACGACUGCACCGGCCACUGGCGGUGCAGCAACGACGGAAAGCACCGGCAGCGUGGGCGCGGCUACCCCCCGACCAGGUCCCAGGAAAAUAUCCGCUUUCCAGCAGAUUCUCCAGAAUCAACGACUGCAGAAGCGGGACUCGAAAAGCUUGGACAUCGUAGCCUCGAAGCUGAUGGAGGAAAAAUAUGGCGGCUACCCGGAGACGGACGAGGAUAAAUCCAAAUCGCUCGACGACGGCAUCUUCUGCGGUGAUAAGAACAGCGACGACAACAGCAGUGACGAACAGAUCAAUCUGAUUGAUAAGAAAAAGCACAAGACACAUCUGGGCGAGCAGGAAAUUCAAAGUGCUGUCGAGGCGGCUGCAGUCAUCUUCAAGAAGGUGGUGCUCCAACGACGGGAGGAGAAACGCACCAAAGACGAAGGUGACUACUGUUUCAACCCACGUCAUCAUAAACUGCCGCUGCUGUACCAGAGCAGUCCCGGAACCACCAGAAGGCAGCUGCUGUACGACGAUCCAGCGGCAGGCUCGUCCUCCUCCGAACCCGACAGCAAUCUGGCCAAGCUACCGUUCACGGAUUGCGAUGACUACCGGUUGGUGUUCAUCAGCUCCGAUUCGUCCAGCAAGGAGGAGGAAUGUGACAGCAGCUCCACCACGUCUUCCGCUUACACACGGCACAGCAUUGCACUGGACGACUGCGACUGGGAUUAUUUCGAACCGGGAAUAAGCACAACGAAAACGCUCCUGUAUGACAUUACGACAACGAGUCAGCCACACAGGAACUCUCCCCGGAAGCGAUCUCUGGUGCAGUCGUCGCCGCUUACUUCCCCGAUGCUGUACCGGAGGCAGCGCAGUGGUUCAUUUUACUCGACCAAUCCGGCCUACGACACAGGGACGGAUGAUGAAUUUUUAACGCACACUGAGUCUUCCUCUUCGCCAACUAGAAGUGAAGGUUUUCUGGAAAAUUUCGAAGAGUUUCGAAAUCUGCAAAAAUUCAAGGGUGAAGUGUGCAAAUGUGAAUGUGGCUUCAAGACCCAUUUCGUUCCAAUACCGGUUCCGGUCCCCAUUCCAGUGCCGAUAUCAACAUUUCAUAGCUGGACACAAAAGGAGCAAUUGGACACCAUCCUGAAAGAGCAAAGCCAGAACGAGCUGAUCAAACAGCUUUGGAAAAACUGUACCGGCAGUGAGGGUGCACUGUUCGAAUUUAAGCCUAAUAACGGGACUUGUAUGCAUUCAUCUAUGUGCUGCCAUCAUCAUCAAAAGGGAAUGAAGAAACCUAAAAUUACCACCGAUAGCCAGGAAAUGGACCGAAAGAGUUCUGAGCAGCACGUUGAAACGAAAGAUUCAUCGGUAAAUCAAUCUCUGCAGCCGCAGCAACAGCAGCAAACCCACGAAAGCGAAGAUGUUGAUGAACAGGUACGUGGUAAUGGAAAUAGUAAUAACACCGCCAGUGGUGCGAGUGGUUGUGCUGGUGUGGCAGCUUCUCUUAACGAAAAGUUGUUUCGCAACCGCGAUUUCCCUAGCAGCGCUAGUGCGAGUAAAAGUAAAAUUGAUCCACUGGCUAGUACCGAACUGACCGCUGUUGUCAGCACUAGUCUGGACCAGGUUGCUCCCUCACUAUCGGCGACGGCGGUGACGACGACGACGACGGCUGGCAAUGAUCUGUCCGUACAAGGAAGAACAGAUAAAGAAUUAAAACCCACGACUGCGGCAGCAGCGAUUAACCUCCACGAAAAUGUCAGCGGCAAUAAAAAUCCACCACUGACCUCGGGCGAAGCACAAGAGCAGAACGUUAAUAGUAGCAGCAGCAGCAGUAGUAGUGGCGACGAGAAAUUAUGUGAAAAGCCUAAAAUUAACAAAAGAAACCCUAUAGUGCACCACCGUCGUAGUCACGAAGCCAUUAAAAAUGAACAACCACUUGUGAACGUGCAAGUGCAAAAACCUGUAACGAGACAGUGUGUGAGUGGUGUGAGUGAAUCGGUCAUAACUGUUGUACGACGUGAAAAAGAAAAACAACAACUACAACAGCAAGAAGACCACAACAACACCAGCAAAGAGCCAGUGAACCAGUUUGACGACAGUGCUGGUAAUGCAACAGCAACAACAGUACUGCUGCUGUGUAAUACGUACGAUGACAUUGCUGGUAGUGCACUUUCGAGCGGCAGGGCAAUUUCAGUGCCCGAGUUGAGUGCAGGGAAGCGGAGAAAUUAUGCUGAAACCUCGAGUGGCGAAAUAGCACGCGAGCAAACCACUCCUAGCCAGGUGACGUGUGAUGAUAGUACUUAUCGGUUGCUUGAUAACGACAGUAUGAUAACAGUAGGGCAGGUUGAAGACGCGGAUAAACCUGUACUGGAAAACGAAUUGACGGGUUAUUUGUUGUCGGAAAGUCGUUUCAGUUCGUCGCAAUCGUCCUUGGCCAGCAGCGAGAACGAGGAUAUGACCGAUAAUAAUCGACUGUCACGAUCGGUGCAGCGCAACUAUGAUGUCACAGGUGAGCCAGUGCUGUUGAAAGUGAAAGGCCUUCCCGGUAGUGGCGAAGAAACGGAUUCCUCGACAUCGUACAGCUCUUCAGAUGAUGCGGACAGUGAUGAUACCGGAACAAUCGCUGACCGAAGACCGGCCGGAGCGAGAAAGUUUUAUCAGGUAAUGGUGGUAAACUCCGACUCCGAAGCCGAAUCGAACGAUUCGGAUAUUUCCAGCAGUACAUCCUCCAAUUGUCCCUCCAAUCGGGAGUUAAAUACCACCUUUAAGCCAUCGGAACCGAUCGAAGAGGACGGAAUUAUUCUAAAACACGUAAGACGUGUUGAUUCCGAGGAUGAAAAACAGAGUGAAAGUAAAGAUUUCAAGCAGCAGAUUUCAGAAGAAGAAGAAGAAGGUCAGAACGAACCAAUAAUGCAAAAUCCAGUGAAAGACGACUGCGUAGCUCCAGUAGUGCAGCUGGAUGCUGCGAUGUUUACAGAAUUCCGCGAAAGCACUCCACUGGCAAUGAAGGAAAAAGCUUCCUCGCCAGCCGGCGGCGAUGAAAGCUCCGACAGUGUGAGUGACUCGAACAUAGAACGAGACAGCUUGUGUGACGAAAACAUCGAAUCACCCCAACAGGUAGAUGACGAUCAAAACCAACACCAGCGGGAGGAAGAACAAAUCCAACCACACACAACCACUACCAGCAACAGCAGCAGCGACGAACCACAAUAUAAUGCAAACGAAAACAAACAGAACGUGCUCUCCGCAGGUGAGCAGCAGCAAACGCAUAGAAGCAUAGAAGACGAAUUGACCGAAACGAUUUCACUAUUACCAUCAUCAUCAUCAUCACCACCAGCAGCAGCUCUGCCCACCGCGCACGAUCAUUCAGCAAACACAAAGCUAGCCUUAGUAGUAAGCGAACGAUCGUCCAACACGGAUGUAAAUAACUCUCACGUAGCAGCAACUUAUGCUGCCAAUAAUCGCUAUAAGAGUUUAGUUUUGAUUGGCCCCGACAACGGUACAUUUUCGAUGGCCACCGAAUCGCCCGUGCCGUCGUCAGUGAUGGUCGGUGGUAGCGUUGAGCAGCAGCGAGCAGUCGUGAACGAUCACCAUCCUCACGUGAGCAUCGUCACGAGUCGCACCACCCGCAUCGUGAGUAGUAGUGACGAAGAUGACCCGUCAGCUUCGAUCACGGUAAAGCACACCAACUGGGUUUCGAAGGCAGCCGGGGAUGAGGACGAGGACGACGAAUAUGGCGAUGACAUGUUUCCAACAGCAGACGACGAACCCGAUCGUUCGCUCGACCGUGGGCUGGCGGGUUAUUUCAAUUUUGCUUUGGAGCAGGCAUCGCCCCAAACGAACAGACGACCCGUGAAAAUCACAACGAACGAAAGUGCAAUAAGUAGUGUAGUGUCCGAUAGUGCUGGAGGUGUGUGUGUCAGUGUAGAGCAGAGCAAUAGUGAUGUUGAUGAAGGGUCAAACGAAGGCAAUAUCUUGGAGACCACCACCCCAAUCAGUGAAAGUGAUGCAAUGAUCAAAGGUAGUGCAAUGGCGACCGAAAGUGGUAGUGGUAGAUCUAGCAGUAACAGUAACAGUAGUGGUAGUCUUAAUAACAGUAGUAAGAACGAAGACGUAACGGUUGUGACUGGUGCAAAUACACUCUCGGCCGUGAUUUGUUUGGAGGAUGGUUUAGCGGAUGACGAUUCGUGGGUGGAGGAAGCCAGCCAUGAUGAGGAAGAAUUUGCGACCACAACGGCAACCGAAUCGGAUAUCGACGAUUCCGGGGAGGAAGUUUCGUUGGGUGUUGACCGGGAAGAAGAGCUGCGUGGCUACAAUCGGGCGGCAAUCGAUUUCACUCUACACACCAUCGUGGAAGAAAGUUGCGAAGACAGUGAAGCCGAAUCGAACCGAACCUCAGAAUCGAAACGAAAAAAUCGUAUAUCGGCAUCUGAGCUGGAAAAAUAUUUCUUCUACGGGCUCGGAGACGGGUCGUCCGGCUCGCAGCCGCAAAACUUUAGAGACGAUAGUAUUUCGGAAAGCAGUUCCGUUUGUAGCGAGGGGCUGGAUUCACUGGGUGGAGCGGAAGAAUCGCUUGGGACAUCCGGAGAAUCAGCUGACCUUGCAUCAUCACGGUUGGAAAAAUAUUUCCUAACCGGCUUUAUGGGUUUUACAGCAGAAAGAAACGAAUCGGACGGAAGUGGUAGCGUUGGCAGUGACAGCGAAGGACAUCCCAGUCCGGAACAACGCAGAAAGCGUCUAGUCCGUGCCAGAGGCGCAGGCCGAUCACAGAGUUCGUCCCUUGACAACCUGCUGGCAAAAGAUUCCGAAGCCGAACAGCAAGGUGACGGACACGAGUGUCCUGAUUCAUCCGAAACAGACACCUGCGAUGAAUCGAUCAGUCAAAUGGAUAAAAACGAAAGCUUGUAUGACACCGCCAAGCGAAAGAAGAAAUUUUCCAAAAAAACCGAUAGUGAUGAUUCCAAAAAGCACACGGAAAUGCAACAACUCAGUCUUCCCCUUAAGUCAGAUAAGGACGGUUCAGAGGAUGAAAGCAGGAAAACACCACAACCGGAUCUGCCGAUAAUGGGAUGCUCUCUAUCGGAGAGCAAAAAGCAAAACAGCCGCGAUAGCGGCUUUAUCGGUAGCAACGACGAUCUGCUGAAGGAUGGCGAAACGGUUAGGUCACCCGAACUGAAGCUAGAAUUAGAGGAGAUCCAGGAGGAAAACAAAACUGAUCUCAAAGAAGAAAAUAGUUCCUUAAAAGCACCCGCAAGUGAUCCUCCGCCGGUAAAUCUCGUUCGAAAGGACAGCUUCAACAAUUGGAGCUCGGACGAGGAAACAAACCUGAUGAUGUCGAAGAUGAGACAGUUCUUUAAAACUCUGGUAGCUGCUUCUGCAAAUAGUAAAGCGGCUUCUAGAAACUCAACACCGACCGUCAGUGAACCGAACACACCGAAGCAUGGUACUCCGGUAGCGAAAACACGUUGCAGAAGCAAACCACCGCAGCUGGUGUAUUUCGAGAACGAACUAACUCGACUAAUGAAAACGGUUCCAGGCAUAAGAGACGAUCAAGUGCGGGAAAUAGUUGAAUAUCUCAGCAGUGAAGAUACAUGGUCGGACUCAUACGAUUCUUCGGACUAUACGAGUUCAGACUUGGAAGGAGCGGUCUCACAAAAAUCUGUACUACAGCAGCAGAUUUCAGCCAGCUGUCAACAGAUUAUCAACAAGUUCGAUAUGCUGGAGAAAGACGAGGAAGGCGAUAUGGGCGAUGGCGGACUGAUCGAAGAACCACAUGCACUGAAUAAGGAAACUGCCUUCGUGUACCAGCGCUUGGUGGCGUCACUGUCGAAAAUGUCGACGAAAGAUGAGGAAAAACCAGCCAGUGUAACCAGCUCGCCGCCCCUAAUUGCUAAAGUGAUGCAUCACAUCGGAAGCCGAUUGGUGGCACUGAUGCAUGAAGUUAGCAGUGGCGAAUCCCAUGCAAGUGCAUCACCCAAAUCCGCAAACGUAAGAUAUCAUCAGCGUAAGGUGCAGCCGAACAUUUCGGCCACAACGACAGAGGAUGACGACAGUACGUCUGAAAGUAAUAUGGAGAAAAAUGAAGAUCUAGGAUAUUUGCUUCCUCGGAGUAAAAGCCACGAUCUCCUGUUAGGGGACGCGAGGCCACAUCAUCAUCAGUCUUCCAAUAGUACAGAAAUGGCUGGAGAGGAAAAAGAAGCUAGUGACUAUGAGCGAUUUUCGUGGCGAGGAAGUUUCGAAUCCGCUUUGCUCGCUAAUGGAGAUUCGCGGUCGAAACUUUCUAUGUUGGAUAAUUCUACAUCAUCGAUUUCCGUUCUGGCCGCCAAAAGACGUUCGGCAGGAGAUUUGCUAUUCAACAACCAAAAUCUCAGCCGUGAACAGUUGGAUAGGGUACGAAGUUGUGGCAGCAUAGGGGGCGAACGAGAAGAUUUCGAAUCAUCCAAACUGUGGGGUUCGACCCAGAGUCAAACGACUGGAAGAAGAAGAUCCAGCGUUGCCGAUAGUGAUUCGGACGAUUCGACAUGCAACGACAACCGGCUAGCGUCGCGUUCAACAUUGCCUCGCAGCCUUCAGAACACCAGCACUGCCGUCAACACGAAUUCUCUUCCCCGGCUUCCGACAUCGAACAUCCAAACCAUCAUGCAAUCGGCACCAACCAGUUCGUCGGCGUCGACCUCUUCGGUGAUGCAAAAAUCGCAAAGUGUCUACCAUUUCCUGCAGAACAACGUCAAGAGUGCCCGAUAUCGGGCACCCGGUUUCAACUAUCGGCCACCACCGCCACCGAGCACACCGAAACGAGCCGUUUCGGCACCGGGAUUACAGCAGCCGGUGUACCCGCGGCGUGAGCGACGACGAGUGCAGAGCAAUCUGAGCGAGGAAACCAGCGCUGUGGAACCGGGUAGUUCACCGCUGUUCGGCGCUUCGGCCAACCGAAAUGGUGCCACUGCCACCGGUGGAAGCAACCAGGAGCUGGCCAGUGUCGGUGCGGCCACUGCCACUACCGCACCGCCCGGGGCUCAACGUAGCAUUGCGACGAGCCCGAUCGGUUCGACCGUCUCCGAGCACUGGCCAUCGCAGUCGGACGAAGACAUCGACCGGCUGGUGGCCAUGCACCAGAACCGAGCCUCACUCAGCUCGCUCGGAUUGCGCUCGGACUCGAUGGCUUCGGUUUAUUCCGGUGCCGGCGAGGGACGAUACGGUACUGUUACAGUUCGUGGCCAAAUCGAAUUCGGUAUGCAGUACAAUUACAAACAGGGUGCCCUCGAGAUACACGUGAAACAGUGCAAAGAUCUUGCGGCUGUCGAUACCAAACGGAACCGAAGUGAUCCGUAUGUUAAGGUUUAUCUCUUGCCGGAUAAAUCGAAGAGCGGUAAGCGGAAGACCAAAGUGAAGAAACAUACGCUAAAUCCGAUUUUCGAUGAAGUCUUGCGGUUCCAUAUGUCACUGAAUGGACUGCAAACCAGAACACUUUGGAUAACGGUUUGGCACUCCGACAUGUUUGGUCGGAACGAUUUUCUUGGUGAAGUUAUGAUGGGCUUGCAGGAUAAGGUGUUCGAUAAUCCGGCUCCCCAAUGUUAUCAGUUGCAGGAAAGGAGUGAACCUUUCGAUGAUUUAUCCGCAUACAAGGGAGAUAUCAUUGUUGGAUUGAAGUAUAUUCCACCGGAUUUGGAUGGUGGAACUCCGCAGCAUCACCACCACAAUGGUGGCAGUAGCAGCAGUAGCGGUGGCGGUGGCGGCGGCGGUGGAACAUUGAAUCUUCGCAAGUUCAGUACAAAAUCCAUAACCUCAACCUCGUCGAACUCGUCGGGUCUCAACAAGGGAGCACUGCACGUCCUUGUAAAGGAGGCCAAAAAUCUUCAACCAAUCAAGGCCAACGGAACCUGUGAUGCAUUUUGUAAGAGUUACCUUCUUCCGGAUAAGAAUCGUAGCUCCAAGCAAAAGACCCCAGUAAUGAAACGAUCCAAUUCGCCUAUUUGGAAUUACACCUUCAUCUACGAGGAUGUUUCUUUGGCGGAAUUGUCCGAACGAGCACUGGAGCUGACGAUAUGGGAUCACGACAGGCUUGCGAGUAACGAAUUUCUCGGAGGAGUCCGAUUCUCGCUUGGAACAGGCAAACACGGUGGUAAAUCGGUAGAUUGGAUGGAUUCCACCGGCAAGGAAUUGUCUCUUUGGCAGAACAUGAUUAAUCGACCAAACUUUUGGGUGGAAGGUGCACUGGUACUUCGGCCCUCGUUAGAUAACGCGAAAUUCGCAUCAUAAUUUUACGAAAACCCUGUAGAACCCUUUUUGCGGGAGUCGUGUAGUAGUCGAUUUCCCGACCACCCCCUUUCCCUGUAGCGCUCUCUGUAUUAGGACUAUAUUCAUGGACAGAGAGAAAGAGAAAGGAAAACACAUUCCAACUUUGUGAUGUUGCUUUACAACAACCUAAUCCUAGAUUGUAAUCCAAUAUUUUAAGAUAGGACGCGCGAGAAAAACGAAGCAUUUUUCGAACCUAACCUUAUGAACGACAAUGAUGCUCUUAAGUGAUGAUCGGUGUUCAGAUAGGGGAGUACCAUUGAGCGUAAAACUGUUACGAUUGAGUAUCUUUUUAUCCUCUUAAUUUUCUAGACAUUCUUUGUGUGUGUGUACGUAAACAGGAUAACUAUACACAUUUGAAUAAUGAGUAUUAUUUAUUGUGAUGAAUUAAUACGAAAAUUGUUGAUUUCCCUCCAUUUAUUCUAGUAGAUGUUUGUAUACUACAUUUCUGAAAUGAUGAUCACUAUCUCUAAUACAAAACAGGCAAAGUUGUGACCUAUAUCGAGCAUGUAAAUAUUUAUACACCUACACAAUCUUUCAAGAAGAGUUUUUCAAAGCUGUGAAUCUUUACUAAUUCAUGUUGGAAACGAAGAAAAUAAACUUUAACUUUUUGAGCUGCGUUCAAUGCAGAUGAUCUUUAAAAGCAUCUAUCGGAGGCAAACCUUUCGUUGACAAUGAUUACCAUGAAAUUAGACACUGUCAGACAGUGAGUUUUGUUGCAAUAUCGAUAUAGAAAACAAAAUCUAUACAAAUAAUAUAAUAGCAGUCUUGUUAGCAUGAACAAAAAAAACUAGGCAAAAACUAUCAACACAAGCAAAGAGAUAGAAUGCAUAGCUUAAUAGGUAAACAAGACGUGGAAUCUGACUGAUCGAGAAGCAUCCUUAGCUCACCUACGCAUCUCUCGAGGAACCUGCUAAUUAUUGAAACUGGAAUUAGAAACAUAGGUGAGAAAAAACAGUAAACAAUUUAUUACUAUUAUGAACUCAUACAAAUGAUAAGGAAGAUGAUCACGUAAACACAACUCUUAUGAACAAAACUAAGUGAAAAAAGUAAAACAUAAAACAUAUUACAAGCGUACCGCGUUUAAUCACCUUGAAAGUAAGAGAUUUUCUUCAGUUUAUCAAUAGACAAUUUCAGCAAUUUUCGAUGAAUAUAGUUGACCGAAGCAUUGUAUACAUAUUGUGACACAACAAAGACAAAAAAAAAUCUAGAAAUAAUAUUGGUAGUUGUUUAUGAACCGAACCGUGUGGAAUUAAUCAUAGUGUUGUCCGAGACACGUAGAGACAUUUCAAGCCAUAGCCAUACCUUGGUCUGCAAACCCACAGCACUAUGGUUGAGGUGAAUCUUUUGAGAAGUUGUAAUGAAAUCAUAGUUAUAUUUGCAGUAGUGGAUUUGUAUAUAUAACAAAGAUAUUUCGGUUCGUUUUUGAUUUCCUUGCUAUUUUAGCCGUACAGUCGGCAACGACUUUAAUAAUAUCAAAGCAAAUAUGCACUAGGCUGAACGGUGAUGCUUAGAGAUCUCGAAACUGUUUCCUUAUAACAUUUCUUUUCAUCUGUUUUGAUGUUCGUAUCCAUUUAACAUAAGCGAUUUUCUCCAAGAUGACAUAUAAUACUACAAACUAUACUUCAUAUUUACAAUCUGUUGAGUAUUCAAUUAUCUACUUAAAAUAUUGAAAUUCAAAUUAGUGAUAAAUAUUAAACCAACACUAGGGCCAAAAUUUAGCUCACCUAAUGAAUAAAAAAAAAACAAGAUCUUCUCCAAGUUAUGACACGAUGCUCAAUUAUAUAAUUUUUAGCGAAUGGCUACAAUAAACGCAUGCAAUUCUAAUCCUCAACAACAAAAUCAUUGCAUUACUAACUUUUAUCAAACACACUGUGCAAUCACAAACAAGCAAGCAUCUUUCGAAAGAAAACAAGAAAAAGUACUAUUCAUGCUAGCAGACAUCCUUUAGCAUGCUGUACGAAAUGAAACUCAUCAAUCAUUAAGCUUAAGCAGGUAUAAUUAUUCAUUUCGACCAAACGACACGAAUUCGAUGCAAUUUAAAUUGCCCACAAUUGAAGGAAGUAAAAUUUAAAACACACGAUUGGAAACAAUAAACAUAUUUAACAAAAAAACAAUCCAAAUUUUCUUUUCUUUCAACCAGCGGUGGUUGCUCGGAUUCGCCGGUGUUGCUAGCACUCAGCUUUAAAAAAGUUUCAAACCCCCUGAGAGACAACCUACUGAUGAAAGGAGAGCCAACUGGUUUGUUUAGAAUUUAUGUGAUUGGCAUUUUAAUUUUUUUUCUCUAUCCAGCAUAUAGGACCAUCGUUAAAUGAUUUGAAUCAAUCAAAGUAGUGAAUUCCGUGUUAUUUCAACGAAUAAUUAUGCUAACCAACAAACAAAGCAGUUUGCGAAUUUUAUUUCUUGCCAACCAACAAAAAUAUUAAAUACAUAAUAACCGCGCAUAAAUUAAUUUGUCACGCCAACAUGUUGAGAAUUAGCAUGUGAUAGUGUCCAAGUUAUACAGUGUUUCGCGCACUGGUGAACCAGCAAAUGUGUUGCUGAGAAGUUGGAGCAUAAUUAGUAGAAUCAACCUAUAUUAUACAUACCUUGAUUAGAGCGAAGAAAAGAAGCCAACAAAGAGAAUGGACAAUUAUACACAUAUUCACUUUGCAAUAUACAUGAAAACUAAACCUAAAAUGAACUGCUUUCACUAUAUUCUUUCGCAAGCACCCCAUUAAUUCACAAUCUCAACGAUAACUCUUUACGGCCUCUGCAUGUCAUCUUUACUGUCGCGGCUAAUACGACAUGAUAUGACCGAUGGUUAAGGCAGAUUUUAUAUUCAUUUUCUUUACGGUUUUGAGUCUAUUUUCAGACACUUCACAGCCAUCCCAGGAAACCUCAAUGACUAAGCACACAACCUUCCAUCGUCGCUAUUUUGUUUCUAAUCUUUAUAACCCUUAACCCUAAUCAUAACGUAACGUUGAUUCACAGACUCCUUACAUCGAAAUCGAGUUCCGUGACGCCCCAAAGAAGCGCAUCAAGCGCAACCUGUCGCUGAACUGCUCUGAAAACGACAACGAAACGCGCUGCUGCCGGUAU